UGUGAUCCCCCAAAGUCUCUCCGAUCCUUCCUUCUCUCAUUCUGUCGUCUGCUCCUGUCACCCACCACCCCCGUGCGCUCGCUGCGGACCCAAAGCAAAGCAGCAAAUGGAGAAGGCGAGGCGGCGGCGCGUGCCGGCGUUCGGAGAGUGGAACUACAACUACUACGGCAGCGCCGAGCUGGCCACCCCCGCGGCGGCGGUCCCCUUCGAGAGGUCGUACGCGGCGGCGCCGGAGCUGGAGGCCCGCAGCGACGUCUGGUUCAAGUACUCGCCGCCCCCGCGGAAGCCACCGCCCGUCAGCAGGAAGGCCCGGAAGCCACCGGAGAAGUCUUACGGCGGCAAGCGCCCCCGUGCCGCGACGCCUGCGAGGGCGUCCGACGGCGUGGUCCCGUCGUCGUCUGUGCCGCGCACACCGGCAAAGAUGAGCACCGGCACCGCUGCUAGGGCGGCGCGCGUGGUGCAGCGCGUCGACGCCGACCUGUACCAGGUGCCCCCGCCGGAGUUCGUCCACGACGACGACAUGAGGCCAAGGUGGAAGCAGCAGCGUCGUAAGAAGGCGUCGAGGAGCCUCUGGAUGGGUUGCUUCGGGUUCAGCUGCAGGCCGGCUGAAUAAUUAUUUUCUGUAUUUUUAUUAAUUCUAUCUACGUAUAUGUAUCUACUAGUUUAAUUCUACUCCUUUCAGAUUGUGCAAUAUUUUGGAUUUUUUUUAAAUUUCUAUUAGGGUAUUGUACAGUGUUGAUCGAAAAAAAAAAUCUAUGCAUGGUGCCGUAUUCACACCCA